AUGAUCGGCCGCGCUUUGAUUUUGUCGAGACUUUCGUCAAGAAUUGUCUCAAAUUCAACUCGAAGUUUAUACAUUCAAGUUCAAGAGACGCCGAAUCCGUUGUCUCUUAAAUUUCUACCAGGACAAACAAUUCUUCCGGAUGCUUCGAAAACCUAUGAUUUCAGUUCGACAACUGCCGCCAAACAGAGUCCGCUGGCUUUAAAAUUGAUGCGGAUUGAUGGCGUAAAACGCGUAUUCUUGGGCGAAGACUUCGUAACAGUAACGAAAUCCGACGAAAAAACCGAUUGGGCAAUCAUUCGACCUGAAAUAUUCUCGCUCAUCGCCGAUCACAUUCAAUCCGGAAAACCGGUCGUCAAUGAAGAUACGGGAGCUGCUGCCGAGGAAGAAGAUGACGAUGAGGUUGUGAUGAUGAUCAAAGAGAUUCUGGAAACUCGAAUACGGCCGAUGGUUCAGGAGGACGGCGGUGAUAUCGUGUAUGUCGGAUUCGAAAACGGAACGGUUAAGCUAAAAAUGCAGGGUUCAUGCACAGGAUGUCCAAGUUCGGGUGUGACAUUGAAGAAUGGAAUCGAGAACAUGCUGACAUUCUAUGUUCCCGAAGUCAAACAAGUCGUUGAAGUCAAAGAUGAGUCUGACGAUCUCGUCGAGAGAGAAUUGAAAAAAUUCGAGCAAUCUCGAGGAAUCACCGAAUAA